AUGAGAGUCCUGCAGUCGGUCCUCGCCGGUGUCUUCCUGACCCUCCUGCUCUGUCUCCCCAAACUCGGUCAUGGAGAAUCCUACUUUGGGGACAGCUUCUGCAGUGUACAAGUCGUCCAGGACAUUCGCACAUUUGAGCUGUCACUACAGCUCAAGACGAGUCGGCGAAGCGGGCUUCUGCUCCUGGCUGCUGGAUUACAGGACUACCUUUUCCUUGAACUUCUAAAUGGGAAAAUACAGGCACGAAUGAACCUUGGGGCUGGUGAGAUCAUGCUGAUGUCCUCUGAAGGAGUGCAGCUGAAUAACCUUCUCUCCCACAAAGUUUCAUUAACUUGGAAAGAUGGCAAGCUCACCAUGAAAAUUGAUGAACUCAUCCCAAUAUAUGUCCCUGUGAGCGAUGGGGAUGAACUAAACAUCGAUAUGGGCAUUUGGUUUGGAGGAACUGGAGACCUCGAUGCUCCCUAUAUCAGCAAUGCUAUUCCCCCCUUUCGUGGCUGUAUCACUGACAUUAAAUUUGAAUCCCAUCAGUUCAAUAUUCUGACCUCACCAUAUAAGCAGUGCCACGACACAAAGGAGUCCUGCAGUUCUGAAUUUGAGGCCGGAGAUGGGGAGGCAACAAGUUUUAGCACUCCUGAUUCCUUUGUAUCUUUCCCCACAUGGAGUGAAGUUUCUGGUGCUCCAAGGACUUUGGAGUUCCUGAUGAAAACCACCAUAGAAGAUGCUUUACUGAUUUUCCACCCAGGCCGAGAAAAAGAUUUUAUUGCUAUUGGUCUUGUGAAAGGCCAUCUUAAAGGUAUACUUGACCUCGGGGGUGGUAUGGAAGUACUUGAGAAUAAACAGGUUCAGCUGGAUGAUGACCAGUGGCACAGAGUUAAGGUUCAUGUCAGUCAGGACUCAUUUGCUCUUAUUGUAGACAGCCAGUCAUCUCCUCUUCCUCUUGACUCAGCCCAAAAACUGGAUUUGGUUGGAAAUCUGUAUGUAGGAGGGAUCCAGGGGAAAAUGAAAGAACUCUUCCGUGAGAGCGGGUCCUUGAGUCGUUAUGAGGAUGACAUGACAUCUGAAUCUUUCAUUGGAUGCUUAGGGGAAAUCAAGGUAAAUCAAAGAGAUAGAAGCCUUCAGGAUGCUCUGGUGACCAAAGAUGUUCAUGUAAAAUGCGAAGGAGAAGACUACGACUACUCAACUUAUUAUGACCAAGACACAACAACAACUUCUCCACCUGUGCGCAUUCGAUAUGUUGAUGUUGCACAGAAUGAACAACACUGCACUCCAACAAACGACAUGCCUGAGAUAUUCAGAAAUGUAUCUACACUUCUCAUUGUCAGCCCUUUGCUUGUACCUGAAGGUGGAGAAGCUUUUCUUAAUAUCGACAACCUAAGCCCUGCAUUUGACCUCAGUGCUGCAAGAACACGUCAGUCUCAGAUCAUCUUUACUCUGAAGAGUGAUCCUUGGUAUGGCCUAGUUGAUAUGAACAUCAACACCAGACGCACACAGAAGUUCACUCUUCUGGAUGUUGUCAAUAAGAAAAUAAAGUACAUGCAUGAUGGAAAUGAAAGGUAUGUGGAUCAGAUCCAUCUGGAGGUAGUUGUUCAAAGUAAUGAAUACCUGCCAGAGUGUUUAAAAGCCCCUCAUGAAUACAUCCUCCCAGUGGAAAUCAUUCCUGUCAAUGACAUACCACAACUCAGUGGAGGAGAAAUCACCAUCACAGAAAAUGGCCGAACCCGUUUGAAUCCAAGUCUUAUCAAAAUCAUGGAUUCAGACUCCCGCUGCGAUGACAUAGUUGUAACUGUAACCUCUGAGCUUUCUAGGAAUGUUGGUUACUUGGAAAACAGUCAGCAACCAGAAAGAAGCAUCUCAGACUUUACGUGCAGAGAGUUGAAAGAUGGAGAUAUCUUUUUUGUACACAAUGGGGGUGGCACUGCUGAAAUUACCUUGAAAGUGUCUGAUGGACAGUCAGUAAGUCAGUCAACAACUUUUAGUCUGUUGGUGACACAGCCCCAUAUGACUAUCGUCACCAACACUGGCCUUAUUUUGCCUCAGGGAAGCAAUGCUUCGAUAGAUGUUCAGAAUCUGGCUAUUAUCGGUCAUCCACGCAAUGGAGAUAUUAUGUACAACGUCACACAACCUCUGAUGUUUGGAGAACUGAAAAUUAAGAGAAGUGAUGGCUCAUACAAGCAAGUUACAUCUUUUCACCAAUCCGAUCUUGAUCAACAACGUCUUAGGUACUUCAGCACAGACUCAAGUAAUCAGGAAGAUACUGUGGUGGAGCGGAUUCAAUUCAAUACUUAUCUGGGACAGUUUUCCCUUUCAAACAAUACUUUCUUAGUCAAGAUUACCCCUGCACACGUAAAAGUAUCUAACAUGGUAGUUUUGGAGAUGGAGGCUGAUGAGAAGCAAUUAAUUGGACUCACAGAUCUUCAGGCUGAAGUGAAAGGUAAAAAUCCAGAUCCACAAACAAUCAAAUACAUCCUCAUCAAGCCUCCAACACUUGGCGCUCUCCAGCUGUCAAACAAAGCGUUGGUUGAGGGCGACAUCUUCACCCAGAAAGACAUUAUGGACAAAACUGUUAGUUACAGGGUCCGGGUGCAAAGAACUGUGGAUAGUUCAGACCAGUUUCAGUUCAGAGUUUUUGCUGAUGACCAGUAUUCUCCUUUGUACACCUUUCCAAUCAGUAUCCUUGCCAGUGUAAAUGGUCCAGUUUUAACAAGCAAAAGGCUGGUUGUGUUGCAGGGUGGUGAGCAGACUCUGAACAAAAACUACCUUUGGCUGCAGUCUCCAAGUUCAUCAGAUUAUUUGUAUCAGGUCACACAGGAGCCGAAGCAUGGGCGACUCAUAAGGGAUUCACCACCUGGAAUGCCUAGAUUUGAGGGGGCAAUCAGACUUUUUAGUAAUGAGGACCUCCAGCUUGGCAGGCUGAUAUACAAGCACGAUGGCUCCAAGACAAGCAGUGAUGAGUUCCAUUUCUCUGCAACUGAUAAAGCUUCAGGUGAUCCGGAGACAAUGACUGGUGUCUUCAGAAUAUUGAUUAAAUCCAAGAAUGAGCAUCCCCCUGUUAGGAUUGUGGAUAAAGUCUUCAACGUGGUCCGCUACGGUCAGCGCCUGCUAACAAAGGAAGUUAUUCAGUUCAAGGAUGAUGACUCAGGCUUCAAUGACACACAAAUUGUCUACGCCAGAGAGGGAAUCCUCUCAGGUAAUAUUGUUUCUACUUCUAAUCCAUCGCAGCCCCUUUAUCGUUUUACACAAGCCGACUUGCGAGACAAGAACGUCCUGUUCAUUCAUCACGGAGCAGAUCGGGAACGCUUCUCACUCCAGGUGUCAGAUGGAUUCCAUAAGACCACUGUGCUGCUUCAGAUCCAGGCAGGUGAGCCCUACCUGCGAGUGGAGAACAACACAAUCAUUGUUAUUGACCAUGGAAGCACCAAGACACUUGACACCACCCUGUUAAGUGCGGACUCCAACAUGGACAUCAGAGAUGACAGUGAGAUCAUCUUCAAGGUUACAUCACCCCCCAGCGAAGGCAGGAUUAUUGUGAGUGGUAUUGAGGCUUCAGAGUUCACCCAGGAGGACUUGAAAAAGGGUGUAGUGUCAUAUGAACACAAAUAUGAGAGUCUGAGGUCCAAGGAUUCAUUCAGCUUCAUUGUUCAAGCAAAAGGACAUUCUGAAGAGGGCACAUUCAGGAUUAAAAUAUUCAAGCAAGGUUACUAUUCUGAGCCUGAGGUGAUAACCAAUGAGAUCAUCAUUUCUUAUGAGGGAGAGCACACCAUAAUCAGCAAGGACUAUCUCAAGGUGGAGCAAGCUGAUAUUCUAUCCACAGAAAUGGUGUUCACAAUUAAAGAACCUCCUCAGCUUGGUUAUGUGGUCAAGCUGACGAACCGUUCAGACACCAUGGCUACACCUGUCCUUGACCACAUCCACUCCUUCACCCAGGAGGACAUUAAUCAGGACCACAUCCUCUACGUGUCUGCAUCCAUCCAGGGCGAUGAUGUCUUCACAGUGGAUGUCAGUAAUGGCUUUACCACAGUGGAGAACCUGCAUGUCACUGUGAACAUCGUGCCUCGGCUCAUCCCAAUCCAGACCUUCAACUUUACUGUGAAGGAAGGCCUCAGCAGAUCAAUUAAUGCUGACAUUAUAAACAUCUCACAUCCUUUCUACAGCUUGGCAAUCAUUGAGUUUGUUGUGGAAAAGCCUCCGCAGCAUGGCGACAUUCGCUACCUGGAUGGUGAUGAACUUGCUUACUUUACAUGGGAUGAGAUGAAAAGUGGACAGAUCUUCUACAUGCAUGACAGCAGCGAGACCACGAAGGACAGUUUUACACUCUCUGCCUCAGCUUAUGAGCUUGAGCGCAGAAGCCUCCCCGUCACCAUCUCAGUUACUAUCAUACCUGUCAACGACGAGACUCCAAAACUGACACGCAACACCGGUCUGGAGGUUCUUGCCGGUGAGGAAGCUGAUAUCACUUCCAGCAUGCUGAGCACAGAGGAUGCUGAUACCCCCGCUGAAGAGCUGGUUUACCACAUUGAAAUGACAACCAAGGGGAUGGUGGCACUGAAAGAGGAGCCUGAGGAGGGCAUCCUGAAUUUCACACAGGCUCACAUAAACAGAGGAGAGGUCAUCUUUAUUCACCAGGGCGAGGAGGGAUCGAGUGGUUUCAUUUUUACUGUGACAGAUGGGGAGCACACGUCUCCUCUCCACCAGUUUGUCGUCACAGCCAGGCCUCUCACCAUCACCAUGGUAACAGAGGAGGAGCUUGUGGUGUUUCCAGGAACGAGACAGCCCAUUACAAGGACCAACCUAGGGGCUGAAACCAAUGAGGACGGGAAUGAGAUCACCUUCUCACUUAUCCGUCCACCUCGUUUGGGGAGACUCAUCCUGGCAAAUGACAGAAACCAGUAUGAGGAAAUUUACCAGUUCUCAGAAUCACAGCUGGAGUCGGGCAUGGUCUACUAUGAGCACCAGCUGCCUGCUGAGCCUUUCUGGGUGGUGCAGGACUCAAUGGAGUUCACUCUGUCAUCCCAGCCGGCCCCAGAUGUCCGUCACGUCCUGCCCAUCACCGUCUCUUAUUAUUCUGCUCACAGCAACAUCUCCUCACAGCUGUGGAGAAACAAAGGUCUGGAUAUUGUGCAGGGCCAGAGGAAGACCAUCGACAGUUCAAUUCUUGAUGCUUCCAAUCUUCUGGCAAGUCUUCCUGAAGCAAAAAGAGACAAUGUGGAUGUGGUUUUUGAUAUUAAGCGUUUCCCUGAACAUGGUCGCAUCACCCUGGGUGGUCAGGACCUGCCUCGUAAUACACCAUCCUUCAUGCAGGAAGAUGUAUCUCAAGGAAACCUGGAAUAUCUCCAUGAUGACUCAGGGGCAACCGCUGACAGCUUCUCUUUCAGGGCACGUCUAAAGUCGGAGGGUGCUGCUGUGCCCUCACCUGCUGAAUCUGUAGUCUUGGAAGAAGUCUUCCAUAUUUCAAUCAAACGGCGAGGCUCUGAGUCCCCUAAACUUGUUACUAUUGAUAUGCUCCUGGAGGUUCUUCAAGGUUCCAUGACCAUCUUGACUCAGAAAUAUCUUAACACUCAGGAUGAAGACAGUCCACCAGAUGAGGUGCACUUUAAGGUGAAAAAAGUACCCAGCAACGGUCAGCUGGUGGAUUCACUCACAAUGGAUCCCAUUUCCGAGUUCACACAAGAGAUGGUCAAUCGUGGGCAGGUGGGCUUCUACAGUGACGGCAGCCUCGCAAACGGCUUUGUUGAAUUCAUCUUGUCAGAUGGAGAACACCAAACGGAGCCAUACACACUUCACAUCAUCGUCCUAGCUCACACCCUUCUUCUCAACAAAGCCCCUGAGAUCAAGGUGAAGCAGGGUGAUGAUGAGACUCUGGUGACUGAAGAAAUGUUGAAGGCCACCACAGGGGGUCCUGUUGAGGAGGAGAUCCUUUACAAAAUCACAAGUGUUCCAAAAUAUGCAGCUGUCAUGGUAGACAGGCAGCCUACAUCUGCCUUCACCCAGAAACAAAUUAAAGAAGGAAGAGUCAGCGUCCGCUUUGUCAAGUCCACUUCACCUCGAGACAGUGUUUCAUUUGUGGCCCGCAGCCGUGCUGCUAAUGUCUCCUCUGUUCUCAAUAUCACUGUGCAGCCUCUGGCCAACAUUGCUCAGGAUCCUCUGUUACCCCAGGGUGCGCUUGUCCAACUGGACAGAAAGCUUCUGGAUGCAACUCCACUGGCCAAUAAAACCAGAACCUCCCCCACAUUCACAAUCAUCCAGCAGCCAAGAGGUGCUCGUUUUGUGAGGUCUGGGCGUCCUGGUGCAGGUCAGCCAGUAGACUCAUUCAGCCAGAAGGACCUGGAUGAAGGUCGUGUAGCAAUGGAAAUUUUAGAUAAUGGCUCUGGAUCCCGAGGUGAUGAUACUCAAGAUGAAGCUCGCUUUCUGCUCAAAGCCCAUGGAGUCCCGCCUGCAGAGUGCGUGCUGUCCUUCCAGACAGGUCCUUACAACUCAUCUGGAGUUUACCCUGCCAUUCUGCUGAGGAUUCCUUCCAAGGACAAUAAUGAGAUCCCUGGUGUGGCUGGGUCACCUCGUGGCACUCCACGUGGCCCAACCUGGAAGGGUAACAUGGACUGGCCAGGUGGAGAUGGCCUCACCACUGCAGCCCCUGGUUCUCGCUCCCACGGAAAACCACACGUUUCCCGUCGCAGCAGUUUCUGGUCUAUUCUUAUCCCCAUCCUGGUAAUCCUCAUCCUCUUGCUGCUGGCUGGCAUCUUGGCUUACUACUUGAUUCGUAAAAACAAGACAGGAAAACACAACGUCCAGACUGCAGCAUCCAAACCCAAAAACGGAGAGGUGGCUGGCACGGAAACCUUUCGCAAAACUGACCCGGCCAAUAACAUCCCAAUGUCCACCGUGGACUCAAAAGACACAGACCCCGAGUUGUUGCAGCACUGUCGGACAACAAACCCGGCCUUAAAAAAGAACCAAUACUGGGUUUGAAACACUUUGAGACACAGAGGGUUUAUGAUCAUCAUGUGUGUGGAAGCCUCUUCAAAUAAUUCGUCUCAGUCCUAAAGACCUCUUGCCUCAGCCGUUUAAAUGACACCCACUUUUAGUGACUUUUGUCAGCAUGACUAUGGACAAAAUCUCAGGCAAGUAAACACUGAACACCUAUUGGCAAAGAAAGAAGCAGUUUUGUUGUUGUUGUUUUGUUUUUUUUUUUUAUCUAAUGAGGCUUGUGCCAUGUCUAUUUAUUUCAGUUGUAUCAUUCCUCUUUGUCAACGGGCAAAAAUGAAGACAUGAACAUGCCAUGUGUUUGCAACAAAGUAUUUUGGACGUGCUCUGUUAUCUUAUUCAAUAUUUUGACUGCAAAUAUUAUUCAACUAAGUGGAUAGGUCAUUAAGCAUAUUGGUAAUAGUUUAUUUCAGUUUUUGGUUAAUCAGGAAAGUUGUUAAGCAUGUACAUAAGUGAUGAAUAUAUGUCAUCCAGAUGAGGACAAAUUGCCUCUUUAUGGUUAGUUUUAAAUUGUUUAAGGUCCCUUUUGUAUGUUGUUUCUAAGGGCUAAAGUCAGUAACAUUUUAAGAAUAUUUACACUCAGUGACAACAGAUAGCAAGAUGGAUACCACUCUCCUGUCUGUGUAUGUCUCAUUGCAACAUAUAGCUUUGAUUUUAAACGGAUAAUGUGUGGGAUUUUAUUGUUUUGUUUUUUUUAUUUUUUCCAGUACCAUUGUGUAAACAACCUAUGAGUAGUUAGUGUUUUACCUACAGCAGACAGCAAUCAACCUACUCCAAUUCUGGGAAUCAGAAGCAUCAAAGCCCAUACUAAAAGCUACCCAUACAUAGGGACCACUACAACAGCAGUUUUUUUUUUGUUUUUUUUUUCAUCUCAAACUUUUCUAAAAUUAAAAAGGUCAAAGCAGUUGCUGUAAAUGCUGUGUACAAAUCGUUCUAUACCAUUCCAUUUUUGCAUCAGUUUACUUGGUCACUUUUCCGUCCAGAUAACAUCCACUUUGCUUGGCACCAUUGUCGGCUCUGUGACUCCAUGCUCUCUCCUGUUGCUGAUUUGGUAGAUAUGACGACUCUGUGAGUUCAACCCUAAAAUGGCUUUGAGACAGCAAUAAUUAUCAUCACAAAGUACUACAAUGACUAGAAAAGUAAUUAAGUAUAAUGAUAUCUUACCUGACAGAUAUGUGAAUGGUUCUUUUCCUCAGUAACUGCCAAUCUUUUGUGACAGGAUUCAGUUGCAUCCUCAUCUGAAAGUGCAGCAACAGGAGUGUUGACAUCUAACUCUAGUGCAAGAAGCAGUUGUCCGUGACGAUCAAGGAAAAUCAGUGAAACUUCUAUAGUGACCAGGAUUUUGCUCUAAUGUAACAGCCUGGAAAGCGCAAAUAUUAGACAUCCUAUAGAUUGCUGCAAAAAGCAGUAAACUACCCAACAAAUCUGAUUCAGUUCCUGAUGGAUACCUGAUCUAUGCUAGGAUACAAGGCUGAGCCACAGUGCAUGCAGUGAUGUAAAGCAACAGGCAUGUUCUUUGUUCUUCAGUUGAGAAAAUAGUGACUAAGUAAACAACAAUCUAAUGCUAAAGUGGCUUGGUGAUAAAAGAUUUGUAUACAGUAUUUGCUUGAAAUGUGAGGAUGUCUUUCAGGUUUAGGUUCACUCUUACAGCUGCCCCCUUGUGUAUACCUUUUAGCUUUAGCACACCUGUUAGGACAGUUAUGACCACAUGUAAGACACUACUCAUAAGUACGCCACACAACCCCAUUAGAGAAUAAAACAAAAAAGAAUUUUAAAUUAAGCUAAAGGCUACUGUUUUCCUUCUUUUUAGCUUUUAUGCUAAGCUAACUUCAAUUUCAAAGCUAAGCUAAUGAAGUUAAGCUAAUGUUGUAACCCCAUACUGAAGGCACAGAUUUGAGUAUUCUUGAUCUAAGACUAUAACAAGUGAUUUAAUUUGACCCGCUUAAAAGGAAAGA